AUGAGGGACUGGGCGCCGUCGAUCAUCGCGACGGCGCUGUUCGCGCUCCUGUGCCCGGGCGGCGUCCUGCAGAUGCCCGGCCGGCAGCGGCCCGUCGACCUCAUCAACAUGAAGACCAGCUUCCCGUCCAUGCUCGUCCAUGCCAUCAUCUACUUCUUGCUGCUCAUGCUCUUCCUCGUCAUCCUGCAGCCUCAUCUCUACAUCUGA